AUGCACUCACCCACGCAGCAGGUGAGCUGCAGUCAGGCCGUUCCCGUACUGAGCCUCACGCCCAGUUCUCAACCCUCGUCCCCUCCUGCCCUCCACUCACACGAGCAGGUGAGCGCAGGCCGGUCACUGCCCGUUUCCCCCGUCCCUCGCCAAGCAUCACGCCAACGAGGCAGAGUGAGCUCAGGCGGUUCCCGCGGCGGACGCGAGCGCGCCGCCGCCGCCGCCGGGGCCCCCUGGCCCUCGCAUGAGCCGCACGGCGUCGGUCGGCCUUGGCGCGGCGGCAGCGCCGCUCGCGCUCCGCCCACCAGGAAACGGGCAGCUGACCGCCUGCAGCUCACCUGCCUCGUGGGCCAAGGACGAUAUGGAAGUGUGUGGAAAGGAUCUUAUCAGGAUCGUGAUGUAGCUGUUAAAAUUUUCCCGGCGCAUCAUCGUCAAUACUAUCUUAACGAACGUGACAUUUAUUGCCUUCCAUUCAUGGACUGCCCUGCUCUCUUGUCAUACUAUGGAUGUGAAGAGCGACCUAGUGUAGAAGGUGGUCUGCAAUACUUGCUUGUAUUGUCUUAUGCACCUAAUGGGAGUUUGCAAGAUUACCUUCGCUCACAUACGUUAGAUUGUGCCACAUUUUGUCGCAUGGCUCAAGGUGUAGCACGGGGAUUGGCUCAUCUCCACACAGAUGUACGCAAAGGAGAUAAAGUGAAGCCAUGUGUCAGUCAUCGUGAUCUCAAUACCAGAAAUAUUUUGGUGACUAAUGACCUUGGCACAGUUCUAUGUGAUCUAGGUUUUGCUAUGAAACUUCAAGGUUCUAAAUAUUUCUGUAAUGGUGAAACACAGCAUGCAGAAACAAAGUCCAUUAAUGAUGUAGGAACAUUACGUUACAUGGCACCAGAAGUUCUCGAAGGAGCUGUGAAUCUAAGAGACUGUGAAAGCUCAUUAAAGCAGAUAGAUGUGUAUGCCCUAGGUCUAGUGCUUUGGGAGCUAGCUACUCGCUGUUCAGACCUUUAUCAGCCAAAUGCAGAAGUACCUCCAUACCGCUUACCCUUUGAAGCUGAAGUUGGACACCAUCCAACAUUUGAGCAAAUGCAGGGCCUAGUGACGAGGCAUAAAGCUCGCCCCCUAUUCCCUGAGACAUGGUGGGAUUGGGCAGGUGUACGUCUUCUCAGAGAGACUGUAGAGGACUGUUGGGACCAAGAUGCAGAGGCGCGUCUUACUGCUCUGUGUGUGCAGGAACGCCUCUCAGAGCUUCCUGGUCUUUGGGACCGGCAGCGUGCAACAAUGUAUGUAUCUGGUGUUAGUCCAACUGUGAACCCUACAUUUCCAAGCAGUGGAAGUGGAGGCACUGUGACUCAAUCCAAUGCAACUGGUGGGCAAUCUCAGCGUUGCAGUGCCACUAACAAUAACAUCAACAAUUAUAGUGUGGCUGGUGGGGCUGCAGUUCUAGGCUCUGGUUGUCAGACACAAGAAUGCAGCAGACCUUUGCUCAUGGAGCCUUCUGAAGAUAAUAGUAUUUCUGCGAGACCUGUGAGCCAGAUGAGUUCAUCCUAUGGUAAAGAAGCUCGGGAAUCAACUGUUUCAGAGGGCACUGUAGAGACAAUGGUUACAAUGUCUCCAUCUGAACCUCAAGUUCUAGACACUUUUAAGAACUCAAAUAUGGCAAAUGGGAAUAUUGGACAUGGAGGCUACGCCUAUUCCUUCAAUAGUGGCAACAACCUGCAGCCAUCAGUUCCACAGUCAUGCUGCUAUCCUUCUAGUCCUCCAUGUGGGGGUCCUUUACAAGCCUUUCAGGGUCGUAACCCAUGUAUGGAGCGGAACCUAAUGCUGGCAGCAGGUUCUGAGGAAGAACUAUCAUGCAGGGGAAACACGCUUGUGGAUCGCUCCCUGAAACAUGCUUAUGAGAGUCAGGCUUUGGUAUCUCAUGACUUUCUAGCAGCUGCUGUGGCUGCCACAGCUGGACCCAAUUCUGCUGCCCCUGUUCCUACUGGUCCACUCAGUACAACUGGCCCACGACCUGCUACUCCCAUUCCAUAUGUACAAAAUGCUGUAUACGAUUUGUAUAGCACACAACCUAAACAACCUAAUAUUCCGGGGAAUGGUAACUCUUCUGCUGCUGCUACUACUGCUACUUCUGUUGACUCUUCAGGGAGAACAUCGCGCUGGCCCUCUUGGGGUGGCCUUAAGCGCCUCCUCAAUUCCAAGAAGCAGCUUUUGUUUGGACGAGAUAGAAUAUCAAGCAGUGGAAGUUAUGACCCACCUGUGUCUUCUCCUCCAGGGUAUUACCCCAAAGACCCAGAUUUCAAUGAUUGUGAUGAUGUGAAAUCAAACCUUUUGAUCCAUCAGAAUGGUUUAGUGGCUUUAGCUGAACCCAUGAAGAAGUCACCUAUAAUCAUGGACACACAGGUGUGUCUCCUACCACCCAGCAAAACAGGUGCAGGAAAGACAUCAGAUGGUGUUGUCACCUCUGUUACAUCACCAAGCAGUCACCACACCACCUCAUCACCUCCUCCCCCACCUCCCCUGGAAAGCAGUGAUGAUAGCAGAGCCAAGCAGCAGCGAAGACCAUCCACAUUGCCUCUUGUGCCAGUGAAGACUUCGAAUGAAGCCCCAAUGGACCGUGGAAGUAUUGAAGAGCAAUUUCAAAAAGUGUUUGGCUCCAAUUCAAGAUCUGAAUCUUCACGCAGAUUGAAGGAUCCAAGUUUACGUGUGAAAACGCCGGGUGAUGUUCCUCCAUCAGUACGACGCUUGCGCAGUCGUGGUGCAAAAGGGUCUACUACUGCACGAUUUUCAUUGUAUGAUGACCGAAUGAUGUCAGGAGGAGUUAGUGGGUUGGAUGAAGAGCUGAUAGGAUCUGCACCUGAUAUUAGUCAUAAGUCUUCUGCAGGAUCUGCAACAGCAAUUUCAGUAACAAAGCAGUCACCUCCAGGCAUUCUUAAAAGCAGCAGCAGAGAACUGCGAGCCAGUACAAGCUCAGCUUCCAGCUUCUGAUGGGCAUAAUAAUUCUUAUUUGUAUUGGAUGAUGAGCAGUUUUAACAUCACUGAUGAAUUAGACUGUCAAACAACGUAGACAAACUUUUUGCUUGUGCGUCAUGACUUUAAAUGUAAUUUAAGGGCAGUUGAAUUUUUGAGCUAGCAAUUCCAUAUACCAUAUCUCAGGUCAGUAUCUGUUCUAAGAGAUAUGAGAGAUCUAAGAACACAGGUGUCAAGUUGUUCAUUUUCGGGCGAAAUAAUGACGUUUGGAGAUUGAAAUGCCUCAUCGCUCGAAGUAAUUUAAAAGUGUAGAUACAAAUGUAAUAUAUUUUGGACCAUAUGUUGAUAUGUUACGGUUCUAAUAUGAGAAGACUUUUCAUUUCUCUAAAAUUAUUGUUGAAACUAUGGUUUCUUUUGUUGAAAGUUGAAUAGUGUCAUUUGAAACAUGAAUAGAAAAAGUUGAUUGAUAGUUUAAUUUUGAGAUCAAGGUCACGAAUUCAGAUUUGCGCAGUACAUUUUAUGGGGAUUGUAGUUUUCUUGCUUGAAGACUGUAAAUGAACAGAGCAAUCAGUUCAAGGUAACUUAGCCUAACCCAUUUGUGGUCCUAAUAAUUCACACAGUGCUUCCCCAACAGCUCUGAUAUAAAUCUCAUGCACGGCACACUUGUGACAGAGGAGGAGGAGGAGCAAGUGGGAAUGGAGGUAGUGUGUGUUUUUGUGUAGAGAAAAAAAAAACAUUGUUCAUGUAACUAUUACUUGAUACUAGUAAUGUCCAACUCGUAAAUUAAGUCAAUGGGUCUCCAGAAAAAUGCAAAACUUAUGUCCAAGUCUUGCUCAACAUCAGUUUUUUGAUGUUACACUACUCUGGGCAUAUUUCUGCUGAAGGCAACAAAUCAAGUUGAUGUAGCUCUUAAGAUUGACAGGGCUUGGAGGUGUCUUGCAAAGCUAGUAUGUGAAAGCAGUCUUUAUUAUGAGAGGGUAUGCAGAAAACUUAAGGAAGAUGAAGAGAUAUCAAAAAGGUAAAUUCUGCAAUCUCUCAUGAAAAUAUAGAGAAGUAGGUGACUUUACAGUAAUGUCUUUUAUGUCCAUUUUCUACCAAUUCAUGUUAAUAUUUUGAGACUGAUCAGUAACACUCAUGAAAGACUACACAAAUUAUAGAAUUGAAGGUGAAUUAGUUUGUGUUGACAAACUUCCACCUUUCUACAAUUAUUGUAUGUUUUAGAAGUAGUAAUAAGGGACUACAAAAAAUGAUCAGAAUAUAUGUAAGGUGGUUAACAUGAGGCAUCUAUGCAACAAAUGGUCGAAGAUUCGUUUAUUGUAAAAAAAAAAAAAUGUUUUAUUUUAAUGAUGAUUGUGGUCUUUCAAGAUCCUUUCCAUAGGACUCUGCUCAAGACUCUUGAGUUUGCCUCCUUAUGUCUGUCUUCUGUGAUAAAAAGAUAGAAGAAAUCUUAAGGUAAAACAUUUUGAAUGUUAUUUACUUAAAUAACAUGAAUUUUUGUGUCUGAAUUAAUAAUGCUCCUGACAGGGAUUGAAUCCCAGUGAUGGUGAUGAGUAGAAUAGUGAUGUAAUAGAAGUUGAAUAUGCCAGUCUUAGGAUGUCUUUGUUCGUUUUAAAACUGAUAUAACUGGAGUAAACAAAUGUGUAAUUACAAAUAGAACAUUGACAUUGUGUUAGAAAAGGAUACUUCAAUCCUUUAGACAUUAUUUUAGCCUGAGACAAGUCUUUUUUUAAAAGCCAGUAAUUUACUGUCUUAUGUUAAUAUCAAGAAGUACUGUUGUAAUCUCUUUGCACUUCUAUGUCUUUUGCCCUGAAUUUAGUCUUGGAAUGAUUGUGUUAUGUAUACACAUACUUGCUAAUUCCAGUUUUUUCCCCUGUGACAAUAAAUAUAAUGAAUUUGAAAGUGCACGAGGACUCAACAAUGAGCCAUUAUUGGUCUUAUUAUCAUGCCAGUGCAUUUCCAUGUAAUUCAAAUCUGUGUUGUCACAUAUACUCAUUUUUGUUGACUUAGAGUGGUCUAGAAAAGGGCAUUGGACAGAAUGGGGUAAUUGUAGAUUAUGAUUAAUCUCGAUCAUGUUAUGAUUGAGAUCAUAUAAUUAUUGUUACAGUGAGAUAUAAUGGAUAGGACUGGUGUUGUUUAUCACAAAAGGAGUUGCUUCUGGUGAUUGUGGAAAGAAAGCAUGAUUUUGACUGGAACCAUUCUGAUUUCAAUCUCCACACUGUGUUUUAUGACUUUUUUAUAGUUGGUUGCAUGAAUGAAACACUGUGCAUAUCUUUAAAGCUUUGCUAGGAAGUCAUUGAAUUGUGAAGUCUCUGCAGUUGGAGAAAAUACUCGCAAAUAAAGUAACGGACUCAAGGUUUAGUAAACAGAUUAAAAUUCAAACAUGUUUGCCUGUUUAAUUUAACUUUCUAGUUUAGAUUUUUAUCACAAUUGGUGUUUCAAGUUGUUCUAAACCAAUCUUCAUGAUUAUAUUUGAAACAAAUACUAAUUCAUAUUUGUAGAUUGUGACUAAGCUGUAUGAAGAGAGCCACGAAUAGAAAAGAAGUGCUCCUCCUACAGCAUUGUGCUGAAUUCUGAAAGUUACAUUAGUGUGAAAUUGGAGGAUGCACGAGUUAUCAAGUUUUCAAUUGGAUCUGCAUGUGGUAUUGGGCACAGAGAGGGCACAAAAAUAGCACAAAUAAAAUGUGCAUUAUUAUUAGAAGUUUUAAUGAUAAUCUAGACAGAACAGUUAUUUGUUUACCUAAGUCAAACAAGUAUUUCUUGCUAUGUUGUGGGUAUGUGUGGGCAUGUGUGGGCCUUCGUCAGAAACUUUCCUUUUUCAGUCUCUAUGUUUAGCAUUGUUAAUUGUAAAUUGGUGUUGGCUGUCUUUCUGUCAGGUCUUCAUUAUACUAUUAUUGAUGUAUGUAUAUAUGCUUGCAUGUGGACAUAUGUACAUGCAUG